AUGACUUUAGUUGUAACUCUACGUCGGAACAAACCUGAAAUAUCUCCAGAGAUGAAAGAAACUGGAGAUCGACCGGUUGGGUCUUCAAUGUUUUGUUUUGACGGACAUAAAACAAUGGUGUCGUACAAAGCAAAGAGUAAGAGAGUCGUGUUGUUGCUCUCAACUACUCAUGAACAACCAUCCAUCAACCCAAGGAGCAAGAAGCCAGAGAUUAUCGAAUGUUACAAUGCAACCAAAGGCACCGUUGACAGUCUUGACCAGAUGUGCCAACGCAAGACAUCAACCGUUAAUGAUGUCAACCAGCCAUCAACGGUCAUCCCGGAAAGCUGA